AUGGAGCCUAUCCGCAACAUCCUGCGCCACAAGAAGGCCAGUGUUAAGUUCUACGAAGCCGAAGCCACCAAGAUCGAUUACGAGAAGCGCGUUGUCUACAUCAGUGACGAUUCCGAGAUCAAGGGUGAUAUCGCCCACACUGAAGUUCCCUUUGACAUGCUCGUGAUCGGUGUUGGCGCCGAGAACGCUACUUUUGGUAUCCCCGGUGUUCGCGAGAACUCCUGCUUCCUGAAGGAAGUCGGUGACGCUCAGAACAUCCGCAGGCGUAUUAUGGACUGUAUCGAGACUGCCUGUUUCAAGGACCAGACCGAGGAAGAGGUCAAGCGCCUGCUGCACAUGGUUGUGGUUGGCGGUGGCCCCACUGGUGUCGAGUUCGCCGGUGAGCUCCAGGAUUUCUUCAACGACGACCUCAAGAAGUGGAUUCCUGAGAUCAAGGACAACUUCCACGUCACCCUCGUUGAGGCUCUUCCCAACGUUCUUCCCAUGUUCUCCAAGCAACUGAUUGACUACACGGAAUCCACCUUCAAGGAGGAGGCUAUCACUAUUCGCGCCAAGACUAUGGUCAAGAAGGUUACCGACAAGUACAUCCAGGCCGAGGUUACCAAGCCCGAUGGAUCUAAGGAACUCGAGACUAUCCCCUACGGUUUGCUCGUCUGGGCCACCGGUAACGCUGUCCGCAACGUUGUCCGUGACCUCAUGAACCAACUCCCCGCCCAAGCCAACUCCCGCCGCGGUCUUGCCGUCAACGAGUACCUCGUUGUGAACGGUACCGAGAACGUCUGGGCCGUCGGUGACUGCGCCAUUGCCAACUAUGCUCCUACCGCCCAGGUCGCCGGCCAGGAGGGUGCUUUCCUGGGUCGUCUCUUCAACACCAUGGCCAAGGCUGAGGCGCUCGAGAAGGAGCUUGAGAAGCUCUCCGAGCGCCAGGCCCUUGCCAAGGGUGAAGAUGAGCGCAACCAGAUCUUCGACGAAAUCCGUGAGCGCCAGAAGCAGCUCCGCAGAAACAAGCAGAUCGGUCCCUUCCAGUACUCGCACCAGGGUAGUUUGGCCUACAUUGGUAAGGAGCGUGCCGUGGCCGAUAUCAGCUGGCUGAGCGGCAACAUCGCCAGCGGUGGUACCAUGACCUACCUUUUCUGGCGCUCCGCCUACCUGAGCAUGUGCUUCAGCACUCGCAACCGUGUCCUGGUCCUCACCGACUGGGUGAAGGCUAAGCUCUUCGGCCGUGAUGUCUCCCGGGAGUAAACCACUCCAGUUCCGUCGACCGUCUGUACUAUUGCCAAAACACCACAUCACAUUCCCUUUCUUUCGCUUCCCUCAUCAGCGGCACGUUAACACCGUGUCUUGCCACGCUACAUCUACUUCUACCACUUCUUUACGCCCCCGCCAAACACUUGUCUCUCUACUUUCUCUUUGCAACUGCAGCCGUGAUAGACUUAUCCAUUUCUCUGUCUUAUUUAUCAUGACCCUGCCAUUGGUGCUAAUUCGCCAUCUUCUUCGUUUGGCUUUCGCUUUCUUUUCUUGGGGACUGUACGCUAUAGGAAUUUAUAGACUGGGUCUGGAAUCGUUGUCUUGAACCUGUUACUCUUAUGAACUCCUAUAUCUCUGCCUUGUCCAUGUAGUAUCUAGUUCUAUGCAUCGGCGGGCUUCUAUAGG